GAAGACACAUUGGGUGGAAGUUUUGGAGAAGUAAGUGUUGAAGAAGCCCUAGCAGAGAUCCAGAAGGUUGACUUAAGCGAGCCUCUGAAUUUCUUAUCAAAAAAGAUCCUCAGUGUGUGGAAGGACAACGACUCCUCAGUACAUGAAAAUAUUUUUGACAAUUCGUUUCCCGAGGAAGGUUUUCAUCACAGUAGCCAAGAUACCCGAUAUCAGACUACUACAUCUCCUCACCAGAUGUCAGCUUCCUUCUCAUUAGAUGCACUAGUUAGUGAAUCUGAACAGUCCACUCCAAGAAACACACCAAAGUUAUUGCCUUCCCAGAUGUCUGCUGCCGUCUCAUUAGAUGCAGUAAUCAGUGAAUCUGAACAGUAUCAUUCCACUCCAAAAAAUUUUUCAGGGUUAUCUCCACGUACAAACAAGAGACAGUUUAUCUCUCCAGAAAGAUCGCAAACUCAGAUGGAAGAGGAUGAUCUGAUUCCCCCUAGUCAAGACUUCAGAGAGACAGUUGGUGAAACAGUGAAGACUUCCUUCCCAUCUUUGAGGAAAACGAAAAUCUCAAAGAAAUCAUCCACAGCUGGAUUUUGAACAAUUUGUUGAGUUUAUUUUUUAAACGUCAUACUUUACUAAAAGUUAAAGUGACAUGGCCAGAAUAGCUAAACUUGAUACUGUAAAUAAGAUGUAUAAAAAUCAAGGACACCUUAUCGUUUAUAUAUUAAAACAAGUUCACGUUCGUACCGGUUAUAUCUUGGGUAUUUUUAACCUAAAAACAUUUUUUAAGUUAGUGCAAAUCAUAAUCUAAAAAACUUAUACCACAUUAAAUCAGAAUUUAAAUUACUUAAAUAACAGUAUUUGAGUUAACCUCAUUUUUAUAGUUAAACUUCACUGGCUUCGAUAAUUUUUGUACAAAUGACAGAAGAUUAUAGAUUAACACAGCAGAAAGUAUGCUUGAUGUUAAACCUGAUUUAUUUGCUCUUUGUUUUUACUAGUUGUUAAACUUAUUUCUCACGAGUGUUAAAGUCUUAGAUUAAGUAUAAAACUUGUUUAUUUUCAAGCUUACUCUAUUAUUAGUUUAUCACUGUCUGUUGUAACAGAAGCAAGUCUCUACUGUAAUCAGUCUUACUUUCUUAGCAGUUGUGUAGAGAUCUUUUUGUCAGAUGUGUACAGUUUGUAAAGUCAUAUGGAGAUGUACUGUCCUCGUCGGUCGACAGAAACAUUUUCAAAUGUUCCAUCUUUAUACUUACCUGUAUAUUUAAUCUUUCCAAGGUCAUGUGACAUUAAAUUCAAAAUUAUUAAAUUCAAAAUUGUAUGAGAAUUGAAUUCAAAUGUGACUGAAUUGAUUACAC